AUGUCUUCAUUUGCCUGUUGGCUGUGCCCAGAGAAGUUCAAGUCCAACAGAGACCGCAAAAACCACCUGAUUUCGAGGCCUCAUGAGCGGAUGCGGGUCCUGUGCCCUUUCUGUCCCCUCCGAGAUGGUAAGAAGGAGAAGUCUCUGCGUCGUAUGAGUGACCUCAAAGUGCACAUCGCAGAUAGCCACAAAGCGGAGAAAAGGAUUUCAUCAGACAGCCUUCCUUCCGAUUUCUUCUCUGAGGCGAAUGGGUUCUGGCUGGCAGUACACCCCAAGGAUUAUCUGAAGCUGAUCACUCCUAAUUCUUGGCGGGCUGAUGCGGCUGUGCGGGCACGGACUGAGAUGAUUAGGUGGAUUAGAGUAAACCAGCUGAGCAAGCGCCGUCUACAGGAAUUGGAACAGGGAUGGGAGGCAGCCCGUGCACCCUCAUUGACACCGGAGGAGAAGUUCGUGCCGGACUACAGCGAGGAGCCUGAGGAAGACCUACAAGCACGGAAGAGAGCCAGGGAGUACUCCCCCUCCAGACCUGACCUCACUAGUGACUUUCAGCUCAAGACCAUCAGUCUAGAGGGUGGAGUGAUAAGCGUCUAUAUCACCAAGGAGGAUGAAGUCUAUAACGUCACCCUGACUCCAGAGGCAGCUCGGAAUCCUCAACUUCUGUCUUCUUUCAUGAGGAAGUCCCAGACACUGACCCAUGAUCCAUUUUUCCAGACACCGCCCACCAUGACUCCCGUGACCUCCCCAUCCAUAAAGAAAGUGCUGUCCAUUGUCCUGGCUGUGGGUCCUGAGCACUUUCAGAGCAUCAGGAAUGGAACCUGCCCCCCAGCAUAUGUACCAUCUAAGAUGUCCAGUGCAUGCCAUCCGCAGGAUCCUUCUCCCAUCCCAGGUCAACCAGAGAGCUCCACCAUUCCAUGCCAGCUCCAGGAUCUCUUCUCCAUUGAUAGCCAGCCAGAGGGCCCCCCUACCAUCGACAGCCAGCCAGAGGGCCCCCCUACCAUUGACAGCCAGCCAGAGGUCCCCCUUCCAAUGAACAUCCUGUUAUUCUCUCAGACCAGCCAACUUUUGCCAUUCCUGUGGGUUUCAGAGGGCCACCUGAAAUUUCUCUGGCCAAGGACACUCCUGCCGAAGACCCAGCCAGCAUUGCAAGUGGAUCCAUUCUGGUGGAACUGGCAGAUCCAGACGCCCUGGCCUCCCUCAUCAACGUACCACCUCUUUGCACAGGAGGAGACAGCCAGCGAAGCAAGCCAGCCAGUUCUUUUUAUGCCGAUCCCCUUGCUCCAGCUGUCCCCAACACUACGGCAUCCAGUUCCACCAGUUCUGACGCUGCAGGAACCAGUUUAA